AUGGGUACCAUCGGGAUCCCAGUCAAGCUCAUCCACGAGGCAGUCGGCCAUGUCAUCACUGUCGAGCUCAAGGGCGGAGCUGCGUACCGAGGCACACUCUACGAUGCUGAGGACAACUUCAACAUUGCCAUGAAGGAUAUCACCGUCACAGCGCCGGACGGCAAGCAGUCGCACCUGGAGAACGUCUACAUCCGAGGAAACAUGCUUAGAUUCAUCAUCGUGCCGGACAUGCUACAACAAGCGCCCAUGUUCAAGCGCAUUGGUCCCAAUGGCAUGAAAGGUCGUGGUAUCGGUAGUGCACGCGGUCGCGCGACCAUUCUCAGAGCACAAGCGCGGCGUGGACGAGGCGGAUCCUCAAGCCCAAGUGGCGGCGCCGGCGCUGCAGGCUCACGACCUCCAGUUCGCAGAUAA